UUUCUCCACAGGGAAACACGGGAUUAGUUGCACAGUGCUGUUAGCGGUGACUGUUACAGUUUUCAAACAAGACGAUUGCCUGUUCUACUUUCCAGAGGACAACUUCAGCUUUAACUUCUCAUCAAGAAUUCAGGAAUUCAAGCAGUCCGUUUGGGAUCUGAUGCCAUGAUUAACAGAUGUGAGGGGUGAUGCUUUUGGCGCCUUUGUGAAGAGUCACAUGGAAAUGGCCGUUUGCUUUGCCACAAUUCGAAACUCAUGGAUACUCUUGGGUUUAUCAAACUGCAUUUAUUUGGAAAUGCAACGCUGACUCUCUCAAGAAGAAAACACUUCAGUUUUUAUUGACCCUUGGCCACAUGAGUCAAGAGUGACUACCGCAGAUCAUGCUUAUGAUCAAACCUUUCUUAAUGAAAUUGUCUUUUGGAGUUCUAGGGAAUCCUAACCUCUAUGGCAUUCUAAGAAGAUUUAUUCGCCGAGGGAUUGGGAGCAUGUGUAAAGAUCUCACCCCUCCCCUGUGACUUCUGGUGACCCUUAUCUCUUAGGAAACCUGACAUUUCACAGAAACAAAUACAAGAAUGAGACAAUGUAUUGCAGUAGGAUGGUGGACAUGAACUCUAGGGCUUCCUAGAGUUGUCCUGGCACCCCACAAAAAAAUUAAAAAGUGUGUGGGGGAAGGGGAGGGUUUAAAUGGUGUUAAUAACAGGGGAACAAGGUGAAGGUUCAAAGGUUCGAGAGAAUGGAUUUGCCAGAGGCGUGGGACCGGGUGAGACUGAGUUUAGGACCUAUAAAGUCGACAUGGAUACACCUACCAUGUCCAUUAUCAAUGUUGACGAAAAUGGGGAUGAGUCUGAGGUGUCAGGAGAGGACGAUAACGAGGGGAAUGAAGUUGAUUACACACAAAAUUAUUGGGAGGAUGAGGACGAUAUCUACCAGGAGUUCGAGGAGUUGGACUUUGAGGCAUUGUCCGAUAACUCGGACACACAGAGCAUUGCCUCAGACGAUUCUUUCUAUCCCCCAGACAAUUCACUUUUACCCUAUAUGUACCGCUCACCAAGCCCUGACAGCCCCGAGCCAAUUUCUUUCUUUAAGGCCUGCUGCAACAACAACGCCAUCAUCGUCAAGAUUAUGAUCAGACAAGGAGUGACCGAAGAGGAAGUGAAAGAGACGGAUAGGAACAGAAGAUCUGGCCUGAUUGUGGCCUGCUACCAUGGAUACGUGGACGUGGUCAUCGCCCUCUCUCAGUGCCCGUAUCUCGAUGUUAACUGGCAGGACAACGAGGGCAACACUGCUCUUAUUACUGCAGCACAAGCAGGUCAUAUGACAAUCUCUAACUACCUACUCAACUACUUCCCUGGGCUGGACAUCGAGAGGAGGAACUGUCACGGUUUCACAGCUUUGAUGAAGGCUGCCAUGCAGGGCCGGGCUGAGUGUGUCAGAGCUCUCAUGCUGGCUGGAAGUGAUAUUCAGGCACGGGACUACGGCCGCAAAAUGACACCCAGGGAGUGGGCUCUCUUCACUGGUCGAUACGAGACGGCUAACCUGAUGUAUCGGCUGAUGGCAAAGCCCUGUGCAGAGCAGUUCUGUGACUCCUUCUCCCUGGAGUGGCCAAUGCUGGAGGAGCUGGUGGCCCAGGCCCAAGAGCCCGAGUCCUGCUGGAGGCGUUUGCUCAACCUCCUCUCCUGCUGCCCUUAUAGGUUUUACAUCAACAACAAGAUAAACCCCAUGGAUGACGGCGUUCUUGACCACAUGAUCCGCGUCACCACCAGUAUCUCCAGUCCAUUCAUUGCCACAGCUUGCCGCACCUUGAGUCCGGGCAGCCCGCCGUGCAUCGGGAAGCGCCGUCAAGCCGUGCAGGAGAUCCUGAGGAGGCAACGGGUGGCUGAGCUGAAGCGCCUGGGCCCGGACAGACUGAACAACUACAAAUUAUUUUUCCAGAACUCGCGGGUCCUUCUCAUCCCCAAGACGAGGGAUCGGAGGGCUAGCCUCCAGCCUCAGCUGCUGAGCAAAGUGGCCGCGGUGUCUACGGUGGCCAUGAGACGAGCAAGUCUCCUGCCUCUGAACAUGCUGAGGAGAAGCAGCGUGCGGUCAGGCAUUGUGGUGCCCAAAGUGAGGCUCUGCAAAGCCCCAGCUCCGACCUUUAUACCGGAAAAACGCAGAAAGAACAGUAACCACAACCAGCUCGAGAUCCCCAAUUGGAACUACAAGAUGAAGAGAGUAGAGAGGAGGCGGGAGGAGGAGAGGCAAAGACAGUUACUCAUGAUAAGGAGGAGAUAAGGGGAAAGGGGCGUACUGUAUGUUCACAUUAUUUGAGAAAGCAGGACAUGACUUGCUACAACUUCAAAGAGCUGGCUGUUAUAAUACAGAGUGCUAUCGCUUCCAUAUAUGUUGUUCCUUUAAACGUCAACUCUAAAUGUCAAUAUAACUGCACAUUUUUGUUUGCUGAGAUUGCCGAUAUUGCUGAAUUUGUUGCCUUGUUUCUACCUUCACAUGCUUAAUUUGUGAGGCAUAAUUUAUACAGUGUAGAAUUUGUAAUUCCUGCUAGGAUGCUGAAAGAAAUGAAUGUUUCUACGUUGGCAGCUUAUUUUUAUGGUAAAUUCAAUGACACAUGGAUGGCAAAAGAAGUGUCAUGGUCAACUAUACUUCAGAAAUCGAUGUUCCCGACCCGGAACAUGCUACCAAGCUGCAAAGAAUGAGGAAAACUUCAGUAACAUCAGUAAGACUCAGUAAUUACUAAGGGAAGGAAAAGGGAGAAAUACAAAAAACAGCAAUAGGACAUAAUGCUGAGUUGGAAAGGAUGAGUACAGGACACAUAGCGCAAAAUGUUGAACAAAGUAAAAUUUGACAGUAAAAUAUGCCAGCAAGGAAUAUCAAGAGGGCAGAAAUGGGGCUUGAAACGGCCCAGAGGUGGCAGCCAGUUGGAGGGAUUUCACAGGAUGCAGAGAAGAGCUCCGACACGGCCAAAUGAAGAUUGGUGGCUGGCUGCUACAGCAGAUUGCCACAGGAAAGGGAUCGCUGAGCACGCAGGAGGAAGCCAAGAAGCCAUUUUACACCGAUACAUAGUAGAACAGGUAUUUGCAAAACAGGGGCGAGCUUAUGAGCAGUAUUUGACAGCUGAGCUGAGGAACCAGCUCACAGUGGCUUUGUAAAGGCUUUGUGGAGAAUUGGAAAGGCAGAGCCAAAAAUAAACAGCUUAGUGCGAGACUGUGACUUGUUGACUUAAAAAAUAAUCACAAGGGAUAGUCCACAGCUACUGUCUGCUGUAUCUCACCUACUCUGUAAGAAACGGAGGGCCACCAUUAGUUCUUCCUGUGCAUGUGUAUUUAAAUUUUGCAUUGGAAUGACAGUAAUGAAAAAAAGCAUUGGAAACACAAAUACAUUACAUAUAUUGCUACAAAAAUGACAGUGAGGAAAAGUACCAAAUAUGGUAUGUAAAUCUUUAUAAAAGAUGAAUGAGAUUGGUUUAAUUGUAAUAUACGGUAUUACCUUUAUCACCAACUAGUGGUAAACACUUGGAAUUGCAACCAAAUUGUUGAAAAUGUACUUAAUAAUUAGUGCAGACUCCCCAAAAAUCUUAAUAAAGUAAUCAGUUGUGUUUUUAAGUGGAGGUGUGAGCACAGAUUGAUUAUGGCCAUUUUGUGCUGUGAGGCAAAUGUCCCUUUAAUAUUUAAGCCGUCAUGAAACUUGACAGAGUAUGAUGCUAGUAAAGCAUGUAAUACCAAAGGGAUGCACAAGCUCUGUACUCUUUUCUCCUUCUGAUCUCUUUUUCUCUGGGACUGAACUGGUCUGGAUGGAGACCAUUACGGUCCGACAGCACGGAUUUUACUUUUUACAUUUCUGCCAAAAACUGGAACUCUUAGGUAGUGGAACACAAACUACUGAGCAAAACUCCUUUCUACCCAGUGUUGAAGCAUGUUGGCACUGGGAUGGAAGCUGAUGGAGGAUAUCAUCAUACUUACAUAUUGAGAGGGUGGAGAAACAACGCUGGAGUGGGAUUUAGAAGCAUCAGUGGCUCAGCUUUGAGUCACUUCAAUAAACUGCAUUUCAUUUACUGACUACAUAGCUGACUCCAAGCAAAGGAAAACCAAAUCUACAUGCCAAAUUCACUGAAUUAAGACUUGAUGGCCUGACGAAUCCAUGUCAUAGCAUCUUGACGAGGGAUUCUGAAAGCUAAGCUACAAUAAAGGGCUCAUAGGUCAACUUCAUGAACCUCUUUGUCAUUCAUGGGUGCAUAAAGUUGAAAUGAACCAUCUAAUUGUGUAGUGUCUUUCUCUGUGUGACCCAUUACACACAAAUAUCCUCUGAAUGACUUGCGGUAAACUAAUUUGUGAUGUUCUGAGGCUGCCUAACUGAAAAAAUCACUUUAAUAUUACUACAGCAACACACGAUGUGCAAUCCAUACACAGUGCUUAAAUGCUUAAAUUAUGAAGAAUACAUUCUCACCACUUGGGGUUGGGAGGGAGGGUUAAAAAUUUAAUCUGAUACAAUUACUAAUUACCUGUUUGUGUUACUUUUGGAUUACCUCAACACCAAAUAAGAAGACAGAACAGGAGAAAAUUACUAUCAAAAAGAAGCAUUGAUGCAAGAGUAUUCUAUGAGACAACAGAAGGGAAAGGUUUUAGGAUCAAAAAUGUGUUGUAUUUUUAUACAAACUGUUGAAUUUUAAUGCUAAAUAAUCCCCAUUUUUACUUAAUGUAUUUUUGUCUGUAACUGUACUGUAACUGUAAUGGAUUACAGCUACCUUAUUUUGCAUCCUGAUUAUGUAGCUCAGUUAAUGCAAUCCGUUACUCCCCAAGCCUGCACUUACCACACCAUGCAAAAGCAACAAAUACAACAUUCUGUCAAGACUUG